AGUUUCGAAUCAUAACAUUUCGAUGAUCCAUACAAUUUAACGACCAUUGCAGUUGGGUUGACAUCAAUAGGAAGAAUUAUGCUUUAAUUUUCACCUUUUUGAAGGGAUUCUUUGUUAGUGAUUGUGAGACAGUUUGCGCUGGUGUUGCGACCAAUCGCUUGCCUGUUGGCAGCGUUUGUUGUGACAAACUUUCUGCUGCCUGUUGUGACCUAAUAACUUUACCUGGAGCAAACAACUUCAGUCGUUUUGGUUAUCAAUCUGGACAUUUCCACGUGCGCGGCGUGCUGGAUGGUCGAUCCGUACUACAAGUCGUUUCAUCAAAAUCAUCAGAUCAUAUCAUAUUAUCCUAGCUAGAUCGGUCUUUGGACCCUGAAAUCCUGGUCAUGGCAGGCUUCCCGAAUCUUGCACAGCUCAUGGGCAGUGACAUUGUGACAGUAUACGUCGGACCUAGAGAGAAGCGUUACUCUGUUCACAAGACACUCCUUACAUCGCAGUCGGAGUAUUUUGAAAAGGCUCUAAAUGGCAAAUUCAAGGAGGCCGAUGAGCAGACGAUCCGCCUACCAGAGGAUAGUCCAGAUGCCUUUGACCUUUUAAUCGGCUGGCUGUAUCAAAAUCAGAUCCCUGUUUUAGGAUAUGGACCAGGACCUUUCGACGAGUUUCCCAGAGGUAUAUUUGUGGGAGCAACCAAGUUAGGAAAUGCUGCCCUCCCACCAAAUCGUGGGACAGGCAGCGUUGCAUAUCGAGCGCAUGAGGAGGUAUCAGCAACAAUAUUCGUGCAGCCACAGGGAAAUAAUAAUAUGCGAGAUCGAUUCGACCACAUUGGCACCCAGACAGAUUAUAAUCAAUAUUCCCCAGAGGAGCUUCGAUUAGAAGACUACGCUCUCAACCAUCGCUUCUCAGAUUUUUCACGACCAUCGCCAGAAAAUGCUGUCAUACCUCAGCCCUUUCCAGUUUCGCCUGGUCGAAUCGACGGCAUCCCUUACUGUUCACCGAUCGAACCGAUUAUGGAGUCCGAGGAAGCCCACCAACUGGCGCUUCUCCGCCUUUGCUUGUUCGCAGAGACAAUAUGCUGGACGAACCUUUUCAACAUCGCUAUGAGUACCUACAUACAAGGCGAGAGUUUCCUGGCACCCCGCCCAAUGCCCACGGAGCAUAUAGAACUCAUCUACGAGCGGGCGCAUCCAGAGUCCCCUUGUCGCAAGUUCGCAGCCUAUGCAACUAUAUCGCAAAUUAAUGCUGCUGGUCAGAUUGAUAGGAAUAUGGACUUGGUAGAACAAUGGCCGUCCUUCCUUGAAGACAUCUUCAAGAGACUCCGCCUUGGUGUGGACGUGUCUCUUGCCCACAAGCCAAAGGUGAAUGGAGCCUGUGAUUACCAUGUCCAUGAUGCCAAACAUCGGCCAGAGGACUGUCCAGCGGUGAGUGAGACUCGAAGGUUCAUACUAAACGCCAGGGCUCCAACGAGGCAAACGUUUGUUACGAAACCCCAAAAUUCGGCACGUUCUAGUGGUGGUGGUUCUGAGAGCACUGGAUCGGGAGAUGGCGGCACAACUGUUGGAUCAUCUGGUGAAAUAAGAUAUACAACGUAUCUUCCAAACACUGGGUAUACCACGAGAACGUUAGGAUACGAUGAUACUACCGGUGGCCCUCCACACGACACCUUCGGCCGCCCCGGUGAUACCAUGGAUUGGGGGGGACCGUGGCUGAAGGGAGCUGGCUUCGGCCAGACGCCAACACAAGGGUUUGGGACGGGUGGCUUUGGCAACAGUAGCGUUCCGUUUGGUACACCGAGAACAGCCUUCGGCACUAGCGGUCCGUUUAGUCACUUUGUGGGUGUUGCUGCUUCAGCUUCGACAAAUCCAACGACAACAGGAGCCUCUUCGUCAUCUGCCCAAGGCGGUGGACUUGAUUCCAGUGGUACUAAUAUUUUAUCUCCACAAGCAUCAGCUACUGCACCCCUAUCGGCGAACUCAAGCCCCCCACAGGCUCCAGUUUCUACCGAACCUACCGUUAGCCAUAAUUCGGCGGCUGCACCUAAUACGCCCGCCUCCACUGCUGCGUCUCCCGCUAUAACGACACCUGCGGGUAGCUCGUCUGAAGCCGGGGCAUCGAACGCUGCACCCCAAAAUGAUACCGGCGACGGUACCGGAUCUAUAAGCCAGGGGUCAAACCCAAUCUUUGGCAGGGUCUCCCCGCUCGCCUCCCCUCUUCCAUCCCUAACGGCAAGAUCGACCAGUGCCGGAGGUAUCUUUGGUCAAAGGCUAGCCUCAAGCUCAUCAACAACCAACCCCGGCUCAUUCUUUCCAACUUCUGGACCCGCAGCUCGCACGAACAUGCCCACUAGCAGCGGAUUUACGAUGUUUUCACCACCUCAGUCUUCGUCCACUUCUGGCUUUGAUGCUAGUAGAGCUGCACCCCCAAGCACAAAUACGGGAUCGACAUCACCAUUCGGUUUGCUUGGAGCCCGCUCGACUCCGGCUCCCAGCUCGCAUUCUCUCUUUGGGUCUACUUCCAGAGCCCCCGAUGCGGGCGUACCGGCACAAUCCUCAUCGUCUAAUCCUUUUGGAUUUAGGAACGAGCCCAGUGUUUCACCAUCUAAUGCUGCCACCACUGCCACACCAUCAAAUGCCGGAACUCUUUUUGGAUCUCCACCAACUAAUCUAUUUGGAUUAAGAAACGCGUCCAAUGUGUCGCCCUUGAACUCUGCCACCGGAUUCGUACCACCAAAACCCAAAAAUCUCUUUGGAAUAGCUCCUGAAGACUAUAAUACGAACCUUCCAGAUGAGGGUUCUGACCGAUGAUGCCACUGCCAGGCCACAAAAUAGCAGCACUCCUACACUAUUUUCCAUUUAUCUAUAGCUACGAAGACUGAGGUUGAGACGAAAUGAGCGGCUUCUUCUGAUGAUGUUUAGGAUAGUGGUUAUUUUUGGAGAGCAAUAAAUGAGCGACUUUAUCUAUUA